CGUACGGGAUCCGAGUCCAAGACGCACCCCAUUGGAGUUGACUCUUGCUGCCGCUACCCGCUUUGCAGCAACGCUAUCGAGGCCACCGCACGACUUGGAGGCCCUCAUCCUCGAGAGCUGUGGAGUGUUGCGCCGGUUCCCAUCCAGCUUUGCCGCGCGACCUGCCAUCUUAGCUGCACCAGGGCCGCUUCUCUUACGACGAGGACCAGAAAGACGAACCGCGUCGAACGAUUCUCUGUCUAAGCAGCUACCUCAGCAGACCUGCAUAAAGUACCCCGCAUCCUUCAUAACAGCAAACAGCACACAAUACGCUGCACAACACCCCGCUACCAUGUCCGAAGCUGCAGAGCCACAAAAGGCCCCGGUGGUCGCUGAGGCCCACCUUGUUGAUACCUUCCAUCCACCCCAAAAGAUGCUUGACAAGCAUCCCAGCAAACCCCACUUGAGCAGUCUCGAGCACUACCAGAAGCUAUACAAGCAAUCCAUCACCGACCCUAAGGCCUUCUGGGGCACCCAGGCACGCGAGCUCCUGUCGUGGUUCAGCGAUUUCCAGACCGUCUACUCUGGUUCUCUGGAGGGCGGUGACAGCGCUUGGUUUGUCGAGGGCCAGCUCAAUGCUAGUUACAACUGCGUUGAUCGUCAUGCCUUCAAGGACCCCAACCGCGUCGCCAUCAUCUACGAGGCCGACGAGCCUGGCGAUGGUCGCAAUGUCACCUACGGCGAGCUCCUGCGGGAGGUCUCGCGGACCGCCUGGGUUCUGAAGCAGAUGGGUGUCCGAAAGGGCGAUACUGUCGCCAUCUACCUGCCCAUGAUUCCCGAAGCCAUCAUCGCCCUGCUCGCUUGCGUCCGUAUCGGCGCUGUCCAUUCCGUCGUCUUUGCCGGUUUCUCCGCCGAUUCCCUCCGCGACCGUGUCAUUGACGGCAGCUCCAAGGUCGUCAUCACCACUGACGAGGGCAAGCGUGGAGGCAAGUUGAUCGGCACCAAGAAGAUCGUCGACGAUGCCUUGAAGCAGUGCCCCGACGUCUCCCACGUACUGGUUUACAAGCGCACCGGCGCUGAUGUGCCCAUGACCAAGGGUCGUGAUUGGUGGUGGCACGAGGAGGUCGAGAAGUGGCCCUCCUACUUCCCCCCUGAGCGCGUCAACUCCGAAGACCCCCUCUUCCUCCUUUACACCUCCGGUUCUACCGGCAAGCCCAAGGGUGUCAUGCACACCACUGCAGGUUACCUGGUCGGCGCCGCCGCCACCGGCAAGUACGUCUUCGACAUUCAUGACGGAGACCGCUACUUCUGUGGUGGUGAUGUCGGCUGGAUUACCGGCCACACCUACGUUGUCUACGCCCCCCUGUUGCUCGGUGUAACGACCGUUGUCUUCGAGGGUACGCCUGCCUACCCUAACUUCUCGAGAUACUGGGACAUUAUUGCGAACCACAAGGUCACCCAGUUCUACGUUGCUCCUACCGCGCUUCGUCUGCUGAAGCGCGCUGGCGACCAGCAUGUCAAGGGUGACAUGAAGCACCUUAGAGUGCUGGGCUCCGUUGGUGAGCCCAUCGCCGCCGAGGUCUGGAAGUGGUACUUUGAGGUUGUCGGAAAGGAGGAGGCCCACAUCGUGGACACAUACUGGCAGACUGAGACCGGAUCCAACGUCAUCACUCCCCUGGCUGGUGUCACACCCACCAAGCCCGGAAGUGCCUCGUUGCCCUUCUUUGGCAUCGAGCCCGCCAUUAUUGACCCCGUUUCCGGCGAAGAGAUUCACGGCAACGAUGUCGAGGGCGUUUUGGCCUUCAAGCAGGCCUGGCCUAGCAUGGCGCGCACUGUCUGGGGUGCUCACAAGCGUUACAUGGACACUUACCUGAACGUCUACAAGGGCUACUAUUUCACCGGUGACGGCGCGGGCCGUGACCACGAGGGCUUCUACUGGAUCCGGGGUCGCGUCGAUGACGUCGUCAACGUCUCUGGCCAUCGUCUUUCAACAGCCGAGAUUGAGGCCGCGCUCAUCGAGCACCACUCCAUCGCCGAGGCCGCCGUCGUCGGUGUUGCCGACGAGCUCACCGGCCAGGCUGUCAACGCCUUCGUCGCCCUCAAGGACGGCAACGAAGCGUCGGACGCGCUCCGUAAGGAGUUCAUCAUGCAGGUGCGCAAGAGCAUAGGCCCCUUUGCGGCGCCCAAGGCCGUUCAUAUCGUACCCGACCUGCCCAAGACACGCUCCGGUAAGAUCAUGCGCAGAAUCCUGCGCAAGAUCUUGGCCGGCGAGGAAGACCAGCUUGGUGACGUGACGACUCUUUCGGACCCCUCCGUCGUUGACAAUAUCAUCAAUAUCGUCCACGAAGAGAAGAGGAAGAAGUAAAUGCGAGUUCAUGAGACGAGAGAGUGAGAGUUGAAGAUGAGAUGUGAUGUGAUACCACAAGACAGAGAAUGGACGUUCGUUGCAGGUGCAAACGGUUGAUGAAAGUACCCGCUUGGAACCCAGAAAUGAGUUAGGUUUGUUGUUUUUGUCAUAUAGCGACACUUUU